AUGGCGCCAAAAAGAUCCAACAAUCUAUCUACAGACUACACUCUUGGACUCUUGAAUAAUAUCAACGCGCUCGGGCGCGAUACAAAUAUACAGGAACCCAAAAGACGGCGCCGCACCACCGCCCAUGCCAAUGUUUUUGAUAUUCCCACCCCCCCGCCGACGAAAACCCGAAAGACCCCCCAAACCGAACCAAAAGAUACGGGCCGUUUGAACCUGAGAAAUCGUACAGUCCCUCGAUUUGCGCGACCGGUCUCAUCACCCAACGUUUCCGACAAUGAGGAAAACAAUGGGCCCAGCAACGACGAAUCCGGGUCUGGCGAUGGCAAGUCCGAAUCUAUUCAAGAUGGACCCGAUGGAAGUGUAGAGGAGGAACUGGAUGAUAACCGCGACGAGCUUCAGCCCGAGGCUGAACAUGAUCCGUUCCCGAACCAAAAUGCAGAAGACGAUGCACCUAGAGACGGGUUCGAAUAUGAAGAUGAGGAAGAGGCAGAUGAUCAAGCUGGAAAGGAAGCUGGGGAAGAAGCUAGAGAGGAAGCUGGAGAUGCACAAAACGAAUCCGAAUAUGAAGAUGAAGAAGAGGCAGAUGAGCAAGCUGAAGAGCAAGCUAGAGACGCACGACACGAUACAUCUGAAGGCGGAUCCGAAUAUGAAGACGAAGAAGACGCAGAUGAUCAUUCCUCAGCCGAAGACCAGAAUCUUUCAACGCCCACCCAACAGAUCGCAGAUGCAGACACUCGGGAGAUGCAAAUCCUCGAGAGUAUACCGACAAACAAAAGGGAUGGCACACAUACAAAUCGCAUAUUAGAAAAUGCUCAAGAGUCUCAAAAUGCCUCGUCGCAGCUUCAGGAAGUACCGGAGACACCAACAAUCCAGUCGCCCCGCCCAAGUCAGGACCGUCGCAAAGCUCGCUCCGAUAUCUUCACGUGGCUGACCGAGACCACUAAAGAAUCUGGGUUCAAGGAUACCUGGGAAGCAAUCCGCAAAACAAGAAAAAAUCUAAAGGCCCAUGCUGUUCCCUCUACAAAAGAGCGUUUCGGGGGCAUCAUAAAGCUCAUCCAGCGGCUACGAGGUCUGUUUGCAACCAUGACCAAUGAUCCUGCUUCAGCUUCUUCCUUGAAAAACCAGUGCAGCCUCAUCGCCAACAGCGUCUUUAAAGAGAACCAGUGGAUCAUUUACACCGAAGCCCCCGAGGAUGAAUGUAACGGAGCAGACCUGGUCAACCAGCUCGAAGCCCAUAUCGUUCCCCGAUUGAUUGAUCUGAUAAUACUCGGAUUCAAGACUUACAAGACCAUAAAUGAUCGGGGAGCGCGACAUUUCCGCAUUAUCCUGGAUUUGCUUUGGGGUUCCUGUGAUAGGAUAUCUUCUCUCGCCCAGAUGCAUUAUGAUAUUAGUGGGAGUGUGAUGGCUUAUUCUAAAACGGCGAUGAAACACGUGAAGGCUCUUAAAGACGCAUUAGACGAUGGCCGGCUAUCUGAGAAACCUCGGCGCAUCCCUCAACGCCCUCUACCGUACAGGCAAUUUCAGUUGGAAGAGAUCGACAGCCAUAUUUCUUGUGGGCGGUGGACCUAUGCAGAGAAGACUGCGCUCCGUGAUGGCUUACAAUUAUAUGGGGGCGAAGAUCGAUAUGUUGAUAUCAAAUGUGACGACACAAUCGGCGGUCAACUCUCCCAGCGCAUCCUGCGAGAUAUCCAGGGCCAAGCCAUCAAACUUGGGUUGGAUGAUCCAUAA